ACAAUUGGAUACCUUUGCAGCCAGCCCUAUUUUGGGUUUCCCUUCAAAUUAUCAGCGUUGUAGGCUAUAAGCGUUAAACCCUACUCAAAGGGAAAACCCUCUUCUUCCCUCGUUUCCUCCCCUCUUUCUCCGAUCACUUCUGCUCCCUUCAGGAGCGCCACCCACCUGAGCUCUGUGUUUCUUCUCUGCAAAUAAAUAAACAGAAGCAGCAAUUCGAGCCUCGUAAAGUUGAAGUAAUAGCUGGAGCAGGACUCUCACCAUAUGGUCAUAUAACAUGAUUCAGUUCUUCUUCCUUUUGAGCUUCUCUGAACUAUGAGUUACAUGCACAAGCUGCAGCUCAUUCAUUCCAUUUGCGCUAGUUAGGCCACUAGUACCUACUAGCUACUUCUUUUUUGUUACUGAAGUACGAGAGCCAAUGAAGGCGGCUUUGAUUUCUUUUCAGAAAUUCGUUUCACCAGAACCAUGAAAGUGAUUCUUACCAGUCUAAAUAUUCAGAUUCUUUGUUUAGUAGCUUCUGGCUGUUCAUGAGGGCUUCUUCAUUCUCAAUCAUCAAUGGUAAUAUUGGAAGACUGAAACUGCUUUGUGGGAAAAAUAGAAAACCUCAAUUCUUUCCAUUUAGGAGUUUAGCUUCACCUUGCUCAUCUUUCUCAGAGGAUGAAGAUUUUGUUCCUGAAUGUUCCAACUCUUUUGACGAGAACUUUGAAGAGAAUAUUGAAUGGGGUUUGGUUAAAUCUAUAGAAUAUAAUGGACUAUAUCUUAACGGGAAGGCUAUUGAUGAUUUUUCUGUCAGGAACCCUUUAGGUUUUGUGAAUGAGAGAGCUGAUGAGUUAAGCAUGAAAAGAAUAAAAACUAUUCUCUCAAAGCGAGGUUGGCUUCUUAAUGUUGGCAAGGAGCAUGGUUUUGACCUCAACCCAUGGAAUGUUACCCGGAUUUUGAAUGAUUUGUUUGAUGAGAGUUUAGAUGCUGCACUUUCUUUCUACUUCUUCAAAUGGUGUGAAACCUGUACUGGCUCUAGGCAUGCAAUUAGACCAAUUUGUGCAAUGAUAAAUAUUCUAAUUUUAGGAAACAUGAAUUACAGGGCUGUGGACCUUAUUUUUGAUCUUGUUGGAAAUAAGGAUGGAGGAGAAGAAUGGCAUAAUUUAGUAUUUAAGGGUCUUGAAGAAACCUGUAAGGAUAGAAGGGUUACCGAAACUGUACUUAAUAUGCUUGUUAACUCAUAUGUCAAGGAAAACAUGACAAAAACAGCAGUUAACAUAUUUUAUAAAAUGAUAGAGAUUAACAUUUUACCUACACUUGGGGUAUGUAAUUCUCUUCUAAAGGCAUUGUUAAAUUCAAAGCAGAUGGAAAUGGCCUGGAAAGUAUUAGGAGAGAUAUUGAACCUAGGACUAGGUCUUAAUGUUUCUUUUAUGAGCCUAUUUGUUCAUGAGUAUUGUGCUGAAGGUAGCAUUAAAAAUGCUUGUAAAUUGAUUGCUGAGAUGUGGAAUUACGGAUUAAAGCCUGAUAUUGUUGCAUACACAAUUGUGACUAAUGCCCUCUGCAAAAUAGGUCACUUAAGAGAGGCCACUUCUAUAUUAUUCAAAGUGAUUCAGAUGGGUAUUUCUCUUGAUUCUGUUUUGAUAACUUCAGUUAUUGAUGGUUAUUGUCAAGUGGGUAGGUUGGAGAAAGCAGUCAAUGUUUUAAAAGUUUCUGGUUUUGGUCCAAAUCUUUAUGUGUACAAUAGCUUUAUCUCAAAGUUAUGUAGAGAUGGUGAAAUGGCUGAAGCUGCUAAUCUUUUUUCUGAGAUGUCUGGUUUGGGCAUGUUUCCUGAUUGUUGUAACUACACAACUCUUAUUGGGGGGUACUGUAAAGUUGGUGAAAUGGAAAAAGCACUAUUGUAUUUAGGGAAAAUGUUGAAGAGGGGACUCAAGCCAUCUGUUAUAACAUAUAGUGUUUUGAUUGAUGGCUACUGCAAGAGUGAAGAUUUGGAAAAUGCAGAAUAUUUGUUUUCAGUGAUGCAAAGAGCAGGUCUAAAACCUGACAUUGUUACAUACAACACAAUAAUGGAUGGAUAUGGAAAAAUGGGCCACCUUCAUAAGGUUUUUGAUUUGUUGCACAUGAUGAGAUUGGCUGAUAUUAGUCCAGAUGUUGCAACAUAUAACAUUAUCGUCAGUGGUCUUGCCAAAAGAGGCUUUGCUAAGGAGUCAAAAGAGAUCUUAGAAGAACUCCUGAGAAGAGGUUUUUCUCCUAAUGUAUCAACUUUCACCAAUAUCAUAAGUGGAUUUUCUAAGGAGGGAAACUUUGAAGAAGCAUUUCUUGUGUGGUCAUACAUGAGUGAGCAUGGUAUGAGACCUGAUGUUGUGACAUGCAGUUCUCUUCUUCAUGGGUAUUGCAAGGCUGGCCAUAUGGAUGGAGCAACUGUCUUGUUUCGUAAGAUGCUGGAUGCUGGAUUAGAUGCAGACAUUGUAUUGUACAAUACUCUCAUUAAUGGAUUUUGCAAUCAAGGAAACAUGGAUGAUGCUUGUCACUUAAUAAGUAUGAUGGCAGAAAAAAAUGUGAUUCCAAAUUAUGUUACUUAUAAAGCACUUGUUCGUGGUUUUGAGAAAAAAUGUAUUGACAAUCCUGUCAAAAAUGCAGCUAUUAAGAUGCAGAAAAUACUGCAGACAAAUGGCAUUGAUGUUGAUAUUUCUCAAUAUAUGUCAACAACAUAGCAGUUAGAGUGGUGGUUAUUCUGGGGAAAAUACAAGAACUGCAAUGUAUGGAUCUAAAGUGGAAAUAUAAAAUUGACGUUGUUGGGCUUGACCUUGCCCAUGCGAUUUUACAUUGAGAUGUGAAAAUCAGUUUAUCUUAGCCUGAAUGUGUUAUGUGGCCAGUGCUAGAUGCUAAAGUAAGAGCUUUGGAGGACAUACCAUGGAGAUACAUUUGUGAACCAUGAGUACUGAAGUGAAGAAUUGUCUUCUUGGUCAUAAAUUUAUGGAAUCCAAAACUACAACCAGGCUAACAGAAUGAACUUGUUGAAGACUAAAACCAAUUCCAGUACUGACAUAUUGUGCCGAUUCUGAUGGAGUGGUUCUUGGUCCCAUUCUUUUAGAACCAAUAUUAAUUGGAUUGGUACCAUAUUUACCUUGUUAAGAACUGUACAUGGAUUCUUACAAAGAUCUACUCUAUAAAUGGCAUGAACUUCAGAUUGAGAAGUUGGGGGGGUGCGUAUCCAGUUUUCCAGUAACUUUCCAGGUUUAGCAUUGAUAUUGCAAGAUCCUAACAAUGCUAUAAACCAUGUUAGUUAGCUGGAACUUGGUUCAACCUGUUGGUGUCACCCAAUAUGGCAUUCAAGUAGCUGUUCAUGUUUCUAACUGGUUCUCUACUUUUUAAGUGGAGUUGCAUGAACUUAUAACAUUUGGACCUUCAGGUAGAUAGAAAAUUGGUUAGAAGCUUUUGGAGAGAAAGACAUACUAAUUGGAGCUUUGCACCAUCAUGGAGAGCUUCAGAGGGCAUAAUAACAGCUUUGCACCAUCAUGGGAAGCUUCAAAGGGCAUGAUAACAGUUUGCAAGGAGGAAAUGGUACAACGCAUUGAGGAAUUGAUAGACAUACUAAGGCCGAGAAUGGGGACUGUGUCCACUUGCUGAUCUCCUGUUCCUUUGCUACAGCUAUAUGGAGGUGGAGCUUUUGUUUAUUUGGAGUUUCAUUUUGGAGUUGCAGUAUAUUAUUGUGUCCAAAUGGCCUUGCGUGAGCAGGGAUGCGUGUCCUUGAAUAUUUGCAUUGACUGCAUAAGAGAUGCUCAAGGGAAAGUGCUCUUAAAUAUGAUCUCAAUGUCUGCAACUCUGAGAGGACCUUGUCAGGAACUAUGUUAUCUAAUAUGUCCUUGCACAACAAAACCCAGAUUUUAUUCGGAAUAUAUGAUUCCAAAGGCUACCAUGUGCGGUUCUGAAUGCAGAAAUGUGGAAAGACUUGUUAUAGUGAAUAACAGAAUAUCUCCUGGAAUAAUGUAUGCUGUCACUGAGCUUAGCCGGUGACAAACUAGACAUACUUGUCCAGGAUCGAAACUAUGUUAUUCAAACGGCUGAAAUUGACAAAGUUAACUUUGAUCCAAUAUUUAUUUGUUCUAUUGUGUUUGGCAUUAUAAUCAUCCCAUAAUUUGUACUAAAUAGCAAGCCACGCACAAAGAUUUAGUAGGCAACAACAUUCAAAACAAAGCAGGUUGAUUGCCAACCAUCUGAGGAAUGGAUUCUUCUGUGGGGCUCAACCACAUUUUAGUGGUGAUCUAAGGGAAUGUAAAUAAAUUAAUGCUACUAUCGUCCAAUCGUUUUGAAUUUGUUAAUUCACUACAAAGCUCUCCUGCAUGGGGCCUGAA